GUCGGCUAUAAACAUGGGCGUAUAAAACCUUCCUAACCCCUUCCCAUGAAAACGUUCGAAACCCAUUCAUAAGCAUCUUUGCAGACACAGGAUUUCCGCAAGCUCAAGUUAUCACAAUGCUCGUAAACCGCUCAGCCGUCUUAGGUGCUGCUAUCAGCUGCUUAGCUCUUGGUGUCUUUGGUUCUCCUACGCCUGGGAGGGGUUCAAAUAGUGGAAGUCUGCAGGCUAGUGGCUGGCUCGGCGGCGUCGACGUGAACUUGGCGUGUUCGAUCCAGAAGGGCGACGGAUGGACGUCCAAGAAGAAUGGAAACGGCUGCAACGACUGGCUCUGCAUAAAGGACGGCAAGACGGACAGCGUCAACAUGAAUACUGCCUGUGUUGGGCAGUAUUAUCUCAAUCAGGCAUAUGCUACAUGCAAUGGAGGCGUGUAUGACUGGGCGUGCUACCUCUGAGCUUGGGCAUCAUUUGGCUGCCGUUCAUCCUAAACAAAUCGGCCUGAUAUUUAGACAUUGGGGCAGUCGGACAACAGCCGAAUAUUUCAUACUGAUUGGGCCUGACGAUAGGGACUUGGUAUUAAGUCUUCUUGCUGGUAUAUGAAGAAUCACUUGAUCCCGUUCUCCGUGUUGUAUAUUUUGAAGGGACCACGAAAUGUGUUUAUGCGUUUACAUGCGUGUGAAUAUGGGCUUGGACGCGAGAUGAGGCGGGGCCUUAGUUACUAACUUAAUGAAGCUCGGAGUUUUCGGCUGGUACGCAUGCAGACGCCUUGUCGGUGCUCUCAAGAGGGCCUACGGGUCACUGCUACGAGGAUUAGAAGCUGCAGGCUGGAGACUGGAGGCUCAAGUCGUUCUCCUACUGCAACUUCUUGGUAACAUAAUUAUCCUAUAGUAUAGCUAGCUUUAACGAAGUAGCUAAAAG